AUGAAGGCCGAGGAAGGUAAUUUGUCCGGAGCCUUGUGCAUGCUCCAAGCGGCUUUGAAGUUGGCUCCCCGUGACUUGAACUGUCUUGCGCUGGCAUGCCGCUGCUUGGAAGGACUCGAGCGCCACACGGAGGCCAUCGCGGCGGCCGAGCGCUUGUGCGGCGUGGAUCCCGCGUCGACGUUCCUGGCUUUGAGGGAAGUCUUCCACAGCAAACCUGAGGAUGUGUUUGUCGUCACCUUCCCGCGCUGCGGGACAACAUGGAUGGUUCAGAUUGUGGUGAGCUGCUUGUUCGGACCACUCGCACACUACGAGGAUCAUGCCAUCUUCCUCGAGGGCAGCAUUGCAUCCUCUGCGAGCUAUGUCCGACAAAUCGAGGAACUCCCACGCCCCCGCGUCUUCAAGAGCCACGUGCCUGCUGACAUGUAUCCGGGAUUGGCACAUGGUAAGGACAACGUCCUGCAGAGGUACGGCAAGGUGGUUUAUGUAGUGCGCAACCCAAAGGAUGCCAUGAUCUCCCUCAGGCAUCAUCAUGCCAACAACCAGUCCAUCGGCUGGGAUGGCAGCUGGGAUGAAUGGGUGGACCAGUGGAUCCGCGGGCAGAGGUCCCUGGAGUACGGCGGGUCCUACUUUGACCAUGUGAAGGGCUGGUGGAAGCUGUCCCGGCACCACCCUGAUCGGGUCCGCAUUGUAUACUUCGAGGAUUUGAAGGCCGACCUUGCCCGGGAAAUCAAGGCAGUGGCCGACUUCUUGGGCCUGCCGUUGACCAACAAGGCUGUGACUGAGGCCGCAGCACGCUGCCAGUUCGAUGCCAUGCGACAAAGGCACCAAGUGGCCGAGGACAUUCGCAGCCGGGUGAAUCCUGAUCACUUUCGUGCUGGUGAAGUUGGUAGCCUUGAUCGGUAUGCGCGGCGCUGCUUGGACUGCCCUUGCAGUUAUCAGUCAGUCGGCUGGCGGAAAACUUCCACCACAAAUCGUGGCCGAACAAGGCCUGGGGAGAGCAAAGAGGUCGCAGGCAGCAGUCGCAGCGGAAGCAAGAAGCAAAGUAUGCAGCAUUACGACAUUACGCACUCGGGGCGUUUCAAGAGAAUGUCAUACGAGACGCGCUUGGAAGGUUGGGACGCUUUCCGGUCCUUGGAGGCGGACUGCUUUCAGAAGACGGCCGCCUCCAACAAGGUGAUCCUGAUUGACCGACCGAUCGAUGAUAUCGUGGCAACACUGGAGACACUCGGCGUGUGCCAAAACCUACCAGAUGACGGCACGAUGGUUUGCAUUGUUGGUUCUGACACCUACAAGCGCCGCCUUCCAAAGUAUGCUCCCGGAGUUCAAGCUGCCGACUUUCGAUUCCCUGUGGCUCGGGGCGAGGCAGACCUGCAGUCGCUGACAUCCACAUUUGCCCGCUUUGUCGGGGCCUUGGAGGUCGCUGCUUCUUUGGGCCAGUUGGCUCCUGCGGUCGUGAGCGACUCGUUCUUCAUCACACUGACGGCAUCUGACUACAACCAGGUCUCGCCUGAGAUUCUUCGCUCGGCUGCUCGAGCAGCCGACCUACUGGAGUUCCGAGUCGACCUGCUGGGCUCCUUGGAGCACGCCGACAUCGUGCACCAGGUAGCCACGGUGCGCCGUAUCGCUCCAGGAACCCCUCUGCUGUACACUGUGCGCUCCUCCGAUCACGGAGGCAAGUUUACAGGAUCCGAGGAUGAGUAUUUCGAGCUGAACAAGCUGGGGCUGCAGCUCUGUGCUGAGUUUCUGGAUGUGGAAUGCACCUGGAGUGCUACGAACAUUGCAGCCCUCGCGGCCAGAAGAGGCCCCUCCAAGCUGGUGGGCUCCUAUCACAACUUUGACAGGUUCAAGAAUUGCCUGCUCGACGGCGCAGCUUCCAUAGCGAAAGUUGUGGUGAAGCCGAAGGUCAGGGAGGACAACUGGAUUGUGCAGGAAGUGGGGAAAGCCUCCGUCCCGCAAACCGGGGAGACGGCCUUCAUUGGGCUUUGCCUGGGCGAGACUGGAAAACUCUCGAGAGUGCUCAAUCAAGUGAUGUGCCCCUCUAUGCAUCCUGGGUUGACACCAGGCGCUCCCGGGCAGAUGUCAGUGCAGGACAUUUUGACCAUUCGAAGGUCCUUGAGUCUUUUCGGCACGUCACGGCAAUUCGCGGUGAUCAGACCUUGGGAAAGCUCCUGCACAACGCAGUGCAGCAAAGCAUCGGGCUUUUACAGGGACUUUUUCUCAACAUACUUCAAGCUCCUGGACUUGCCCCAUGUCUGCGUCCUGGAUUUUGCAAGUACUGCCCAAGAGGCAUGUCGACUGGCAUUCUUGGCAUCAACUGGCGGCACGCUGCUUUUGGAUGCGCUGCGUGGGCACUUUUCCCAGGAAGUGGAGGAAGCCACAGGGGUGUGCCGGACAGAAAUGGCCAAGUCAUCGGGCUUUGUCGACUGCAUCGUAGGCAACACAAAGGCAGCAGGCCACGCCUUGAAGUCCCAGGCUCUUGUGGAUAAGCUGCAAGGCCAGACCUGCAAGAGGACGGCGCUUGUCCUCGGCUCUGGCCCUGCAAGGGCUGCCAUGAUUGGAGGCCUGCAAGCUGCGGGCUUUGACGAGAUCCGCUUUUGCGAUAUGGGCUCGAGCUGCGUAGUCUGCCUCGUUUGCUUUGCCGAGGCCUCAACAAGAGGCGCAGCAACUGGGCACUGGGAGCCCAGCGAAGCCCUCAGCGAGGUUCGGAGCGGCAAAGCUUUGGACGUAGUGGUGUCGAUCGAGCCUCCCGGCUUUUUCUGGCCCCCCCCCCACCCUGGCCCUGUGCGUUUGCCUGCAACGUGGAGGGACUAA